AUGCCUGGCAGUCGCACCAGCCCGACGAAAAGCAGGAAGGAGGAGGAGGUACCGCUCUCGAACCUGGCCGACCCCAGGGGCCACGACUACGCCGAUGUCGACACCACACUGCGCAACGACCCGCGCGACCAUGCCGAGCACCUCGACGGGUCCGACACGGGCACAGACUCAGACACGGAUGACGACGAGUUCGACUGGGAGGCGGACGAGGACUCGCUCAGCGUGCAGAAGCAGAAGACGCAUAUGAAGGCGAGGCGAGGACGGGCGUUAUGGAAUGCCUUCCUCCGGCUUGCUCGGCCCCUCCGGGUAACCCUCGUCGGCAUGCUCGGCGCUGGGGCGCUUAUUGCACCCCUACUCGUGUUCGAGCUCAGGUUCAAGAACAGUGUCGCGAGGCCGCAUGUGUUCGCGUGGUCGCUUUGGUUCGCAAUUACAUGGGUCGCGGCGUGUCUUACUUUUAUCGUCGUGGACCUCACACCUCGCGUCGUUGUGGCUGUCAUUGACUGGUUUGAUGGGGAUAUGGAGAGGAUGAAGAUGCAAAUCGAGCUUCUAUUCGCGGUUCGUGCGUGGAUCAAGCUUGCACUCGAUAUCUCUUGGGCUUGGAUUGCCCUCUCCGUCAUUCGUGCCACUGUGAAGCCUCCUGGCGGCUACUGGGUCAUUAUCAACCGCGUGAUGCAGGCUCUGUUCUCCACUGGAAUGAUCCUCCUCGUUGAGAAGAUAUUCCUCCGCGCCGUCGCAAUUAACUUCCACCGAAAAGCGCUCCAUGAUCGCCUUGCUGAGAACCGUUUUGGCCUCAAAGCCCUCGACCGUCUCUCGCAAACCACCCCUCCUCCCUCGCGCGGCGUCGGCCGCUACCGCAAAGGUGUGGGUCACAAAUCCCCCAACGGGUCCAUGUCUGCCCUCAAGCAGUUUAAAGACGACCACAAAGAGCUCGGGGCGAACCCGGCGAGGUCCGAGGCUGAGACGCCGUCCAGUUUAUCGCCCAUGAGGGAAAAGGGCUCCCCGAGCCCGCAGCAGCAGCAGCAGGAUCUCCGGAACGAGGGAAGGCGCAGGAGAAGAAAGGCGUUGGCGAGCAUCAUCGUGGACCAGGUUGGAGGCGCGAUCGGGCAAAUCGCGUUGAAGGACUCGGAGCUCAACAAGGGCGCGGACUACAGCGGACUGUACUCUGCCAGGAAGCUUGCCCGGAAACUGUUUAUGCAGCUCAGCGAUGUCCAUCCACCGAGGAAUCACUUACUUGUCGAGGACUUCGUGCCCUACUUUGGUUCACAUGCCGAAGCCCAGGCGGCGUUCGCCAUAUUCGACAAGGAUGGCAACGGCGAUAUCACCAAAAAGGAGAUGCGCGACGCGGUGCAACGGAUCUAUCGCGAGCGCAAGGCUCUCGUCGCCUCUCUCAAAGACGUGUCGGCCGCGGUGGCGAAGUUGGACGCGGUGCUCAUCGCUUGUGCCCUGGUUUUGCUCCUAUUCAUCUACCUCCUCAUCUUCAACCGCAAGGAUACUUUGAGUUCCCUCGUGCCGAUCGCCACCAUCGUGCUGGGCUUCUCGUUCAUCUUCGGCCAUUCGGCUCAGAUUCUAUUCGAGAGCUUGAUCUUCAUCUUCAGCACGCAUGUCUUCGACGUCGGUGACCUCGUCUUCAUUGACGAUAACCCACUUUUCGUCAAGGAGUUCGGCCUGUUCUCGACUGUCUUUAGGAAGGUGGACGGCACUGAAAUCAUCGCGCCCAACUCGCUCAUGUCGAGUUCGAAACUCGUACAUAACAUGAGGCGCAGUGGUUCCAUGUGGGAGACGACGAACCUCCAGGUUGCCUACGACACGCCGAUGGAGCUCAUUGAGACGCUGCGCCAGCGCCUGCAGCUUUACGUCGCGCAGAACAACCGCGACUGGUCCAACGUCGCCGUCCACAUUGAUAGCAUGGAAUAUCAGAACUGCAUCACGCUCAUCAUCGCGAUGGAGCAUCGUCCUAACUGGCAGGAUUGGGGCGGACGCUGGACCCGCCGAACGCCGUUCAUGAAGCACCUGAAGCAGCUCAUGGAGGAGCUCGACCUCCGCUACACGCUGCCCGUACAGCCUAUCAUCCUGCCCCGCCAACCGCCGUGGCAGAACGUGAACGCCGGAUUCCACUUAACCCCGCCUCAGGGCCCAAAUCGGUUCCAGAUGACCCGGGAGGAGGCGGGCAACGCGGGCUCGUAUCCUACCGACCGGAUGGGGCUCGCCCCGCCGGGCAUGACGAUCAGCAGCGAGCCGAACAGGUUCGAUCGCCUCUAG